GCGGAGUCCCGGAGAAGCCGGCAGGGUACGCGUCACGGCACCAAGAGUCCAGCGGCGGCACCGGUGAUGUUUACCGGCGGAUCGCGGUCCGAGUAUUAGCGUCGCGGUGCGUGCAAAGCGCGCGCGAGAGAACCAUGAGCGUCGCGCUGAAGAGCUGGAGGGCCAAUGAAGGACCCAAACACUUGAUCACGAUGGUUUGGAUUGCUGUGAAUGUCUUUCUGUUCUGGAAAACAUUCAUGGUGUACUUCAGCGGAGCGCAGUAUUAUUAUCUACACAAGAUGCUCGGGCUUGGGCUCUGCAUCAGUCGAGCAUCGGCCUCUGUUUUAAACUUCAACUGCAGUCUGGUGCUGCUGCCGAUGUGCAGAUCGCUGCUUACCUUCCUCCGAGGAUCUCAGCGGGUGACCGGUAGACAUGUUCGUCGGCUGCUGGAUAAGAGCAAGACAUUUCAUGUGGCGUGUGGAGUCACAAUUUGCAUCUUCUCAGUGGUUCACGUGAGCGCUCACCUCGUGAACAUGGUCAGCUUCUCUGUGAGAUAUUCCCAGGAUUUCCCCGCGCUCAAUGUCGCUCAGUAUCGAGGACAGGAUCCCAGAAUUCUCAUCAUAAGCACAGUUCCUGGAGUUACUGGUGUUCUGUUGGUGCUAGUGUUGUUCCUGAUGUUUACAGCGUCGUCUUACUGUAUUAGAGUCUCAAGCUACGAGAUAUUCUGGUACACUCACAACCUCUUCAUCGUGUUUUAUGUUAUUCUGAUGGUCCACGUAGCAGGCGGAGCUUUAAAGUAUCAGUCAAACGUGGAGACCCACCCACCUGGCUGCAUCCACAACAAUCUCAGUUCAUGGACCAAUCACAGAGCAGCAGGAGAGAAGGGGGCGGAGUCUUCAGGUGCACCACAGACAGUUUGUCAAGAAGAGGCUCGUUUUCAACCCCAUUUUCCUCAGACGUGGUUGUGGGUCUCUGGUCCUCUCUGCCUGUACUGUGCCGAGCGGUUGUAUCGUUUCAUAAGAAGCAGCGCUGCUCCUGUUACCAUAGUUUCUGUCUUUACUCAUCCGUGCAGUGUUGUAGAAUUGCGCAUGCUGAAGAGUGGCUUUAAGCCCCGCCCUGGACAGUACAUCCUGCUGAACUGCCCGAGCGUCUCGUCAUUUGAAAACCAUCCCUUUACUCUUACCACAUGUCCGACAGGGAAGAAUGCAACAUUUGGCAUUCAUCUCAGAGUUCUGGGAGACUGGACCUCGAGAUUUUCUCAGCUGCUGCUUCAACAGUCGAACAGCUCCGAGAUCCUUCCCAUGAUGCAACAGAGGAGAUAUCCCACAGUGCAUGUGGACGGUCCGUUUGGCAGCCCAUCAGAGGAGGUGUUUAAUUAUGAGGUCAGCCUGUGUGUGGCCGGAGGGAUCGGAGUCACGCCGUUCGCUUGUGUUCUACAGGCGCUCUCUGAUGACUGGCGUCAGUAUAAGUUGAGAAGGCUGUAUUUCGUCUGGGUCUGCAGGGACCUUCAGUCUUUUUAUUGGUUUGCUGAUCUAUUGUGUGGCCUUCAUGAGAGGCUGUGGCGGGACAAUCGUCCAGAUUACCUUAAUGUUCGACUCUACCUCAGUAACGCUCAGGGAUUACAGAGCAUCGGUGAGGAACGCUACCGUUUCUUGAGCUCCAGGCUUCGGAUUGGUCGACCAAAAUGGAAACAACUUUUCCAGGAAAUAGGGAGAGCCAAUCAGCUGAAAAGAGUGGGGGUUUUCUGCUGUGGACCCAAAGGGAUGUCUAAAACGUUACACACUCUCUGCAAUUCAAACCCACACACAGGAACUGCAUUUGAGUACAACAAAGAGUCCUUCAGUUGAGGGACGCGAACAAACCUGUCGUUUAACACCAAAUAAAAAGCCUUUAGAGUCUGUUUCUGAGGAAUGAAGAUGAGAGAGGACAAAUGUAGAUGAAGAUGACUGCAUUCAUGCACAGCAUCCUCAGACGAAUGGACGGAAAACUGGUAAAGAGUGUAAUGAGAUGGAAAACUUGCACAGUUAUGUUCUUAUUCAGAUAAUAUUUGUGAUUCUGCAUGUAGAGUUAGUCUACGUGAACCUGCACAACCCUUGAUAAACCCUUACAGGAACAGUUCACCCAAAAAUGAACAUUUGCUGAA